AUGACGUGUCUGGUUGCCGCAGCGCACCGUACUCGCGACUAUCAACCGGACUAUCAACCGCCAAAGCUCCAGAUAGCAAGUUCGAGGCCGUCAGCGAGGUGUUCAGCCUCGAUUCAUCCUGAAAAUAUGCGGCUUCCACUUAAUCUACUGAGCUUGACGCUAUCAAUCCUGCCUGGCACGUUCGCUGUGUUCGCUGACGAAGCGUACGUCGUUGAUUACCACUACGAAUUAAUCGGUCUCCCCCAAGCUCACAACACGUUCUUCCAUCGCCCGAGAAUAGACGAGAAAGCGACACUUUUAUACACUUUGAGCGAUCUGGGAGUUCUUGGAGCGGUACAUCCUGGGACGGGGAAGGUGGUAUGGAGGCAGGUCGUGGGCGGAGACAAUGGACUCUUGAGGCCGGUGGAGGGCGAGAAUCUCGUGGUUUCUGCAACAGGGCAGAGAGUUGAUGCCUGGGAUGCGAUGAGUGGCAGAGAAAGCUGGGGAAAUAUCUUUCCUGGAACAGUAAAGGACUUGGAGGUUAUGGAAUCCGCUGCCCGCGAUAACAAGCCCAAGGACAUCCUGGCUCUAUUUGAGGAGGACGGCAAAGGACUGCUACGGAAAUUGAAGGGGCGGAAUGGGGAUGUGGCAUGGGAGUAUCAAGACCAUAGCGAUGGCAUCCCGCUGCAAGUGAGCACGGAUGUGCUGAAUGUCUUUGUGAUUUCUCUCCAUGGAUCGGUAGGGGCAUACAAUCUGAAGGUUACGACGUUGGAUCCAGUAACUGGGAAAAAGAUCACCGACUACAUCCUUAAUACCAAGGGAGAUGUUCACACCGCUGAGGAUGUCCUUAUUGUUGGCGCAAAUUCUGCCUUGCCGAUAAUUGCUUGGACCGAUAAGGCGUUCAAGAACCUCAAGGUCAAUGUAUUGGGCAAAGCAUCCAGUCUUCAGAGUCUCCCGUUGAAGGAGUCUGACGGAGAGAUUAUCAAGGUCUCCAUUCAUGCUCCAAAUCUGGUUCAGUCACUCCCGCAUUUCCUGGUGCAUAGCCAUUCUGCAACCUCCAACCGAGCCGACGUCUAUCACAUUGACCUCAAGACCUGGGCCAUCAAAAAGGAGUACGAGCUGCCAAAGCUUCGUGGGAAAGGGGCAAUCUCUGUCAGUUCGCAGGAAGGAAAUGUCUACUUCACACGAGUUACGGAAGAUGAAGUGAUCAUUGUAUCGUCGGUUUCUCAUGGAAUUCUUGGAAGCUGGCCGAUGAAAGCCUCUUCAGACUCCAGAACUUACGUCCAUGGUGCCUCAGAAGUCGUUCAGCGCACCCCGGACACUUACUCGGUCCGUUGCGCAGUGCUAUCGAGUAACGAAGACUGGGUCCUUAUCCGCAAUGGAGUAAUCGACUGGAGCAGACCUGAAGGUCUUUCGGGUGGUGUCGCCGCUCAAUGGGCUGAGAUCCCACAGUCCGAGAGUUUGGCAAAGACGUUGGAAGCAGAAGCUCAUAGCAAUCCACUGUCUGCAUACAUCCAUCGCGUCAAGCGCCAUGUGAACGACCUACAAUAUCUACCAGACUACCUGCAAAAACUACCAACCCGGCUACUCAGCAGUAUUUUUUCUGGUGACGCAGCUGCUCCUAAAUCUGGGGUCUUGACUCGGGACAGUUUUGGCUUCAACAAGCUUAUUCUCGUUGCCACUAGACGUGGUCGUGUGUAUGGUAUUGAUGCCGGGAACCAAGGAGCUAUAGCAUGGAACUCGAAAGCGUUUGACAUUCCCACAGGCAGUAAGUGGGAUGUAAAGGGUAUCUGGGUCGAGCAAACACGAGGUUACGUUACCAUCCGGGGUGCUGAUGGUGAGUAUGUCGUUUUGGAGACAACCUCUGGCAAGAAUAUAGAAGCAAUGAUGCCUGGAUCUUGGCCUCCAGUGCAGAGUACUGCCGUGGUUGAUAGCCCCUCUGGCCCUUGGCUGCUACCAAUCGGUGUGGAUGGUAACCCAGGCGAUAUUCCAAUUGCCUGGGUACCCACUGCGAACCUUGUGGUGCAAGGAAACAACGGUGAGGUCAAGGGCCUCAGAUUUGAAGAAAAUGGAAGUAACGGAGUUCCCGUCGUGGCGUGGACAUUCCAGCCUGGAUCUGGACAAAAGGUUGUCAAGGUCGUUUCGAGACCUGCUCAUGACCCGGUAGCCUCUAUCGGACGAGUCCUUGGCGACCGAACUGUUCUAUACAAGUACCUGAACCCAAACAUUGUUCUUGUCACUGCCGUUUCAGACGAGUCUUCUACAGCCUCAUUCUACUUGCUAGAUUCUGUUUCUGGCGAUGUCCUUUACUCAGCAAGCCACGAGGGGGUCGAUACCAAGCAGCCGAUCGCAUCUGCUCUCACCGAGAACUGGUUCGCCUACUCCCUCUGGAGCGAUCUCGCCUCAUCUACUACGGAACUCCCCGCCUCGAAGGGGUAUCAGAUUGUUGUUUCGGACCUCUACGAGUCCGCGGUUGCAAACGACCGUGGGCCAAUGGGCGCCGAGGGCAAUUCCUCGAGCUUGGAACCUUCCGGAAUCCCCAACGCAGAGCCAGCACUGCCUCACGUCAUCACUCAAUCUUUCCUCAUUCCGGAAGCGAUCAGUCACAUGGCAGUCACUCAAACUGGCCAGGGAAUCACCACUCGCCAGCUUCUAUGCACUGUUGCUGGUUCGAAUGCUAUAGUCGGCAUCCCGCGAGCCGUCCUCGACCCGCGCAGACCGGUUGGUCGGGAUCCUACUCCCUUGGAAGCAGAAGAGGGUCUAUUCAGAUACACCCCCGUCAUUGAUUUCGAUCCUAAGAUCGUGCUCAGCCAUCAGCGGGAGGUCAUUGGGGUCAAGGAUGUGAUUACAUCUCCAGCAAUCCUGGAGAGUACUAGCUUAGUCUUUGCGUAUGGUAUCGAUGUUUUCGGUACGAGAGUGGCACCCAGUAUGGCGUUUGAUAUCCUGGGGAGAGGCUUCAAUAAGCUGAGCCUGGUGGGCACGGUUCUUGCUUUGUGGGUAGGCGUUUUCGUGGUGGCGCCCAUGGUACGGAAGAAGCAGAUCAAUGGCAGAUGGAUGACUGCAUAA